CGGUUCUAGUUUUUUUAUGGUAUUUGCAUGCUUCCCACCUCGAGUCGCGCACUGACCACCGCCGGCCGAGUUGCACUCUGAUCUGAUUUUUAAUUGAACGUUUACGUUAAGUGUACUUAGGAUUCUCUCAGACGGAUUAUUUUUAUAGGAUUAUAACAUUUUCCGAAUUCAUUUGACCUGAGCCACGAUGAACUAUCCCGUUUUAUUUGUCAAAUCAAUCAUUGGAUUUUUCUACUCGGUCUAUUCCUUCUUGGUGUACAUCUUUCAAUUACUUGGUUUCCUGCGCGUGCCAAAGAAAUCACUGAAAGGUCAGCUUGCUCUGGUAACGGGGGCUGGCAGGGGCUUGGGACGGGAGAUAUCAAUUCUACUAGCAAAAAAAGGCUGCACAGUAGCAUGCGUGGAUAUCAACGAGGAGGGCUGCCAGGAGACGGUGUCCAUUAUCAACCGGGACUUCAAGCUCGAGGCGGCCAAGGCUUACAAGGCCGACGUGGCCAGCCGAGAGGCAUGGACGGAGCUGGCCAAGCAGAUCGCCGCCCAGCAGGGUGAAGUAGACAUCCUCGUCAACAACGCCGGCAUCGUCGCCAGCCACAGCAUCCUCGAGGCCUCCGACGAUCUCAUAGAGAAAAUGUUCGACGUCAACCUCAAAAGUCAUUUUUGGAGUAUACGCACUUUCUUGCCAAAAAUGCUGAAGCGGAAUCAAGGACACAUCUGCGCUAUUUCUUCGAUAGCUGCCCACACAAAAGCGGCUAACAUGACCACAUACGCAGCUACAAAAUACGGCGUGACAGGAUUGAUGGAGAACUUGCGGAUAGAACUGAAACAAAUGCCGAACAACAACGUCAAAACCACAGUCGUCCAUCCGUACUUUAUUGACUCAAGUCCUAUCAAUGUCAAGCACUGGGAAGUCAAAACUGAUUUGCCAUCAGUGUCAUUACAAGACGUGGCGCGCGCAACUGUCAGUGGGAUUCAGAAGAACCAACACACCGUUGCAUAUCCCUUCUAUGUUUAUGCGCUGUGCCUUGCUGUAAAGUGUAUUCCGCAACCUGCAUCAGACUAUUGGUACGAAUCAUUCCAAGUUGAGCUAUCCGACAAAAAGGACUAGAAAGACACGGAAAUUUCAUGAAUGAAUCAGACCAUGUGUACUCAAUGUGAAAUAUUUCGAGGACGGCUCGUCUCUCUCAGAACUCUGCAGCAGCUUUUAGAUUCAACACUGAAAAAUUUCCUAAGAGCAAAAAUUCAAGGCUAAUAACCUAACAAGACUAAACUUUGUGAUAUUAUGAGCUUAACUGUUAGUUCACCAGACCCAGGUUUUCAUCAUAUUCCCUCCAUUUGAUAUCAGAACUUUAGCCUUUUUAAAUUUCAUUUAUUAGCCAUGAUGUCUCUAUAUUUUCAAAGGUUUUCAUCGUCGUACGAGCAUAUCACCCCAUACGUUUAGUUGCACAGCGUGCAUGGAGUUGAUUAACAUACGGAAGAGCUGAAACUUUUACGUUCCUUAAAGGGUUUCCAGGUGUCAAUGACCCUUAAUAAGUAUCUGCCUUAAGUCGCCCACAACUUAAAACCAGUAGCGAGGCGUGAAUGAUCGAUUAUCGAAGUUUCCCCAUUUGAAGCUAUGGUAAAGAAUCGAUUAUUCAGGUGUUAGUUGCGAAUACCCUGUUUAUCAGUGGCGUGGCGUGCUUUGCGAUUUAUCGAUUGAUCUGUCAUUUAAACGUAUGGAAAAGGAUCGAUAAAAAGGGUGUUUGCAACGAACACCUUCAUAAUCGAUUCUCUACCAUAGUUUUAAAUGUGGUUCUGAGUAAUUUCUAGUUUCAUUCGUUUAAUUAUUUUAAUGUUUAUUCACGUGUAUUUAAAACUGACUAAAAUUUUAAUUUAAAUAAAACUGUGAUCAUAAUUUUUCACCAGGGAUCAUUACUCUACAACUACCACCUCGAUGUAAGUGAUUAAUUUAUUUCACAAUUUAUACAAUUUUGCGUGUCUCCCUCUUGCAGCAUUCUAUCACCGGAUAGAUUUAAUUUUUUAAGCUAGUGUAAAUAGUUCAAUAAUAAGUUAUUGUAGGUAGUCAAUGUUCUGCAAUGUAAAAUGAUUGUUUCUGUAACUGCUUAUUUAAUUUUAAGGUUAUAUUUGCUCUGAUUUAUUGAUAGAAUAAAGUUUAAUUUAUUUGGUGCGUAA